UGGCUCCAGCCAAGUGUGCUGCUUAGGAGUAUCCCGUGGCAGGCAAGACUCAGAGAUUUGGAUGAAAAUCAGUUGCAGAACAGAGAUAUUGUGAGUGGGCUGUCAAGUGGAAAGAAGAAAAUACGUCCUGAAAACUUCUAAGUUGCUUCACAGCACUUCAACUCUUCAAGAAUCUCAUUUUUGAGAUAUGCAAAGGCAAUAUAAGUGAGUGAACUUAGGCUGAAACACAUUUAAAGUUGCAUUUUGUGCUGUUGAACAGGCUAUCCCACUGCGUUCCUCAAGUUAAUUGAACCACUGUUAUAGAAUUUUCCCUAGUGGGGAAUUUUCCAAUAAGGGGGAAGUUUCCUAAAGACGGAGGAUGAGUUACAUCACACUUAAGUUCUGUCACAAGAAGCUUCUCGGCAAACGGUUCUGGUUUUCAUGUCUUCAUUCAAUUGUGAGGGAAGCAUAUGGCAGCAAUGCUGAAGGACAUUUUGCACAGAAAAUACGUUUUUGCUUUUACAAAACAGUGUUCACCAUAGCCAGGAGAACUGCCAGGAGGAGAGAAGGGGCACUGUGUCGAGAAGAUUGCAGCUUUGGUAAAAAACUUUGAUUGGCAUCUAGAUCACAAGCUGCUUCAGCAGAUCCAGUGAGGGGAUUGUUCUGCUCAGGCUGAAACAGGAGAAGAGUCUGUAAUGGUUAUUGCAGCAGGUUUUUUCAUGCACAUUUGGAUUUGAGUUGGACCUAAUUUUUUCUCUCUGAAAGAGAAGACUUGAGUACAGCAACAGACUUUCUCAGUCUCGAGGAAUUUUGUUCAGCCUACACCAUGGAGAAGGCUUUGCUUUUGUAUAUCCUUGUAUUCUGCUGGCAUUUCUCGUAUGCUUUGUUCACAGUUGAAGCUCCCCAGUCACUUUACACUGUGGAACAUGGGAACAAUGUGACCAUGGAAUGCACAUUUCCAGUGGAUGGGCAAUUAAAGUUUGCAGAUUUAAGUGUCAGCUGGGAAAAGAAAGAUGAGUUAAGGAAGCAGGUGUAUGUACUUCACAAAGGAAAGGAAGACUUCCAAAAUCAACACAGUGACUUUAAGGGAAGAAUAAAACUGUGGAAAGAGAACCUGAACUUGGGACAGUCUCUCCUUCAGAUCACUGAUGUGAAGCUCAGAGAUGCAGGGUUUUACCGCUGCAUUAUUGGCUAUGAGGGAGCUGACUACAAGACAAUCAGUUUGAAAGUUAAGGCUCCUUAUAGAACUAUAACCCAAAGAGUGGUAAGCACAAGAGACAACGAAUGGAAGCUGACAUGUCGGUCAGAAGGAUACCCACGAGCCAAAGUGAUAUGGCAAAACAGAGGAUAUGAAGAUGUGACUGGCAAGGCAAACACAACUUAUGAAAUUGGAAAUGACCAACUGUAUCAUGUGACAAGUACUCUUACAAUCAAAAGCAGAGUGGAUGAGAUUUUUUACUGUAUAUUCUGGAAUGAGGAGCUGCAAGAAAAUACAUCGGCCAUUUUACAUGUAGCAGUUGUUUUUCCUGAAGAUUCAAAUGAUGGUGUUCUGUGGACUGAAAGCAGACGCUUUGUUGGAACAAUUCUCAUUUUGACUGCUUGCUUUGGAUCAGUGCUUCUGUUUAUGCUCUGCAUAAGAAAAGCUAGAGCAAAUAAGGACAACAGAACACCUAUGGCUAGUUCAUCAAUAGCAAAGCUCUCAAAAGAUAAUGACUGCAGAGAUGGUUCUUUUGAAGAUGAAGAGCUGAAAUAUAUACAAAUUGAGAAGACCUAGAGGAAGCAAGGGAAACUUUUUUCCUCUGUGGUGAAAGUUUGACAGCUCAGAUGUUCUAUAUUCUGUCUCUUAAGUGGGAUGCUAAUUUUUUAAUUUUAUUCUGUGAUGGCAAUCUUCUUCCAUAUCAUUGUAACUCUGGAAAAACUGUGGUGAAGUUGAUAGAAUCAUUAUGGCAUAAACAGUCCUUAGAUUCAGGCUUUUGUAUGUGUGACUGGAUAUGGAGAUGUUUACUUAAAUGUCCAAGUUUUUGUUUUUUUUCAAGUUUAUUCCAAAGACAUAUUUCAUUAAAACAUCUUUAAGGUAAAGCACUUUAGGUCCAUGAUCAUCAUGAAUUUAAUAACCAGUGUAUAGCUAGGCCAUCUUCUGGACUUAUUUUUUUUAUUUCUCAACGUGAGCUCUUGGCUCCCUACAAAGAUUUUGCUUUCCACCUUUUGAAGAAUUUUUCCAAUAUUUUCAUUCUCAUGAAGAGUGGGAGUGCAAAGAGACAAGAUGCCAUACAGACAGAGCAUCUUCUAUCCUUACUGUAGCUCUUAAAAUACUAGACACCCUCAGCUAAGCCUGAAAUAGAUGCUGUAACCUUCUUGCCAACUAUGUUUUGGAAAUUAUUAGGUAACAUUCAGUGUCUUGAUCUCAGUCUCUGAAAAGUGUUUUGGGAAAUUAAUUUCCUUAUGAUGUAGGUGGUACUACUUGAUUACUGCAUAGUACUCAUAUACUAUUUGGGAAUAAUGUGACUCUGGAUGUUCAGGAAGAACAGCUCUUGAUUUGGACUGCUCUUUUGUUCGCCUUGGGAACAGAAGAAAGAGAAUCUUCUCACUUCUAGGACAUGAAGUUACUGAAGAAAUGCUGAAGGAACAUGCUUCUGGAUCCCAUUUCUUAAGCUCUUGCUUUGUUACAUUUUGCUAGAUGCAUAGG